AUGCAAGCCGCAGUCAACUGGCCUCAGAAGUACCACCCGGGUACAACCGACAACUUCGUCUCCAACGAGGUCUACGUUCCCGGCACCACCGUCGAGCGCGUCUGGGACUACCUAGCCACCAUCACCAAAUGGGAGUCCUACUACGAUAACGUGGGCCAGAUCUCCCCGCCAAGCUCCGGCCCUGUGCUGCACGAAGGGGACAAGUUCUCGUUCUCCACUUUCGGAUUCCCCCCGCUCCAGGCCGAAGUGCACGAGUCGGUGCCGCCGACAGACAACAAGCCGGGAAGACUCGCGUGGCGCGCCUGGCAGGAGGGCGACGAGGACACCGCGCUGGAUAUCUACCAUGCGUGGAUCGUGGAGAAGACCGAAUGGGGGGUGGUUCGCAUCCUGACGCAGGAGUCGCAGAUCGGGAAGCCCGCCGCGCAGCUGGCGACGCAGAAGCCGAAUCCGAUGUUGAACGGGCACCAGGCGUGGUUGGAUGGGUUGGCGGAGAUUGCGCGGUCGGGUUGA